AUGAAGUUCACUCUCAUCUUCGCCUCCGCCGCUGCCCUCAUCGCUGGCGCCGUCGCCCAGGACCUGCCCGCUUGCGGAGUCGAUAGUCUCGCCGCGGCCUUGCAGGCAUCUGGCUGUGGCCAGGCCGACAGGGACUGCCUCUGCGCCAGCCCCUCGAUCCGCAGCGGCAUCGAGAACAUCGCCAGCGCCUGCCCCGAACCUGCCGACCAGCAGGCCUACAAGGACUACUACAACGACCAGUGCAAGAACGAGGAUGGUUUCCAGCCCGUCAACUAG